CCCCUUCCUUCCAUACCAGUAAGACUGUAGACCACGACAGAUCGAUCGUUCCGAUGGCGCUCCGCGACGGGGACGCCGCGCUGCCCAACCUCUCCAUCUCCGGCGCCGCCCUCGCCGCGCUCCUCCACCGCUGCGCCGCCGCCACUGGCGACUGCGACGGCCUCCUCUUCGGCCGCGCGUCCCACCUCCCGGCGCCGCCGGCCUCCCUCUCCGACUACGACGACCUCGCCGCCGCCGCCCCGCCCGCCCCCGCGCUCACCAUCUCCGUCUCCAGCCACUGCUCGCUCUCCCACCCCUCCUCCCUCUCAGAUCCCCUCGGCCGAUUCCAUCCCCCCUCCUCCUCGGAUCCCUCCUCCGCGUCAGCGGGCGCCGCCGUCGGCUUCUUCUCCUCCCGCCGUCGCACCGCGCUCCGCCCCUCCAUGCGCGAGCUCGCCCUCGCCCACUCCCUCUCCAAGACCCUCAUCACCGCCCACCCCCUCCUCUUCAUCCUCGUCUCCCCCUCCGCCUCCCCCAAUUUCUCCACCCACUCCUACGACUACCGCGCCUUCCUCCUCCUCGCCUCCCGCCUCGUCCCGGCCUCGCUCACCGUCGUCAACGUCGGCCCCGGAUUCAGGGACCAGUACCACGCCUUCUCCCCACAGUCUCCCAUGCCCUGCCUGCCAUCCUCGCCUGCGCCCGCAGGUCACGCUCACACGACCCUCGGAGAGAGCAAGGCGGUCGAUGAAAUGGUCGACGGGUUCGGGAUCGGGAGGCUGCAAGGGAUCCUGGGCUCUGCGGCAGGGCAGGCGGCGGAGAUGGAUGACAUGUAUGCAGGGAUGCUCAGGAAGCUGGAGAAGCUCGCCAGGGAGGUGGAGAAGAGCAAUAUCCGUGUUCUCGAGCAGGAAAAUCGGAACCUGCUGCUGAGGUUCAAAUGUGCAGGAAUGGAAUAGGACCAUAGUGUUUCUUGGUCUUAUUAAGGGUUUCUAAUGUUAUGCCCUAAGGUGUAUAUGAUGCCAGAGGAUUGUCCCUCCAAGUUGGGAGCUGAUAGUGUGCAUUGGACCCGGCAUGCACCGAGUAGCGAGUAGGGAUGGUUGUGUGCCCGCGCGUGCGUGUGUUGGGUGUGUGGCGCCUGAGGAUGGAGUCGGACAAAAACGGUUUUGUGUAUGGCGGUGGUGGUGUCAUUGAUGGAGCAGGUUGGUGCCAGUAAGUUUGAUGCAUGAAGCAUCUGUAUUAUAUACUUAUGAGUGUAGUGUAAUGCAAUCAUUGUUGGAGCUUCCCUAUCAGUCGUUGCUGAAGAAAAGAGGAAAAGAGCUUUGUUUGCUCA